AUGGUACUGGUCUCGGUCCUGGUCCUGCUGGUGAUCCUUCCUAGGUGGGGGAUGGGGGGCUGCGACAACGAAGACGAAGACAGUGAUGGAUACAAAGGCGGCCACGGCGACAAGCUGACGGUGGUCCACCGCCGUGUGCCCGAGGCACUGGAGAAGCAGAGGUCUGCAGGCUAA